AUGCAUCCCAAGGCAGUCGUCUGCCAAGAUGUCGAGGUCAAAGGUGACAUCACCAUUGGUGCCGCCGGCCCCAUCGUCAUUGGCUCGGGCUGCAUCAUAGAGCGGGCAACCGCAACAGACGGCACGAUGUGCUCUGCCCGCUCCCUCUCUUCCUCCUCUAGCUCGGACAUUACUGAGCCCAUCUCUCCUCAGCCUCAGCAGUGUUUCUCCGGCAUGACCUUCCCCAUUGCUGAGAUCCUGGCCAACAAUGUUUUCUGUCUCCUCGACAACCACAAGGACGAUCGCAAGCGGAUCUCCGCCCGUGCCUUCGGUAACUGGAUCAAGGAUUUGCCCAAUCUCCUGGGCGAUCCGUGGACAUACUCGCAACAUCUCUAUUGCCUCUGCGCAGGGCCAUCGCCUUCCAUUCCUUACUCCUGCCGUCAUCUGUUCGGGACUCUGUCGUCGCUGGGGAGGGGUCCUGCGUUCGAGCACAAGCAUGGGAGUCCUAUCACGCUCUCGCCUGUUCCCGACGGCGAGACUGAGCAGGGGGGCGCUAUGGACUUCCUUCAUGACCAUCAUAACCAGCACGAUGCCGAAGCAGAGAUGGAGGGCAAGUCAGACGCUCGCACAAGCCUCUCAAGCAUUGGCCCGCGAGAUCCCCCGCACUUCGCGAUACUCGGCCACCACGCCAAUGCCCGCCACUCCCGACGUUCGUCCAGUACCGUAUUUUGUUUCUCUUGGUAUGGCAUUGCCGCUAAUCGCUCUUCCAUCCCUCCUUCUCUUACUUCUCUCGGUUCCUCCACCGGAUGGAUCUCCAAGAAGACGUCAAAGUGGAAGCUGUCCUUCGGGAAGAACAACGCCAACGCCACUGCUGGUGCAACGUCGUUGCUCGCAGCUGAAGAUGGCCCCAGCCUUCCUGACGUACCAAGUUCGGGUGGCAAGCAGAUGUCUGUGAUCGCAAGCAACGUCACGAAUCUACUCAUAAGCCUGAAUGCUCCUCCUGCACCUUCUGCCGCGUCACCGCAUGCUAUCCUCCCGAGCGAGACCGCGACCGCGACCGCGAAUUCGGGCCUUGGUGAAGAUGACGGUAUGCGCAUGGGGUCCCUCCUCCGGCUCUCCGUUCUGGUCGUCGCAAGCUCGCGGAAGUCCGAACGACGCUAUAGCGGACCCAACGGCAACACCGAGGACAAAAGAUCCGAGCACGGGAUCUCGCCGUCCAGCACCCGGAGCGGGCGACCGCUGGCGUCAAGCGCGAGUUCGAUGGCGUCCAGCAACUGGGGCAGCUUGGAGGGCGCUCGUUCUGCCACGAAUGGGUUCCUUGUCCUCCGCUAG